AACAAAUUUGUACAACAUCUGUUUCUCAUUUCUCUUUGAGCCAAUACCAUUUGGUUGUAGACUCACGUCUACAGUGCACCUCAGCACACCUAAGGUGUGGCACACGCUUCUGUUACCUUGCUUGCUCGCUGCUGCUACCGCCGUAACACAGGUCACUUGAACAGAUAGACUUCUGACUUGCGUAAUCAGCCUAUUAUCUUGUUUUUAGUGAGGACCUCUUUUCAGCAGAUCUGACGUUCACUGAAAAGAACCCACCAAGCAAUCUAACACCAGUAAAAAAAACACCAGGGAACCGUUCUUGACUACACAGUCUUAGCAGACCCUAAGCCUCUGAUUUUCAACGCGGACAGGGAAAAACUCAUACAACAAGGGUACCGUUUCCGUUAAAAAAUGGCUGAUCCUCGUACCGAGGAGGACAAAGCGCCAUGGGACUCUCUCGCCAACAAUGCUCCACGAAAAUUUUUGCUCGGAGAGACGAAACAGCCCCUCACCUAUUAUAAUGCCACAAUUAAGGCCAUUCCAUCUAUGUCAGGGGACUAGAAUAACUAUUAAUACCGGGUAACACAAAUUACGCGCUACAACGGUUAGGAGGGGGGGGGUAAGUGCGGUAACGCUUCCACACACGAAACGUACAAACUACCUGGGGCCACCCCAGUUUUUUCUUUUGCCUCUUAUCCUUGCAAAAAUCUAAAUA